AUGCGCUGGCGCUUGGAUGUCAUGGCAGAUGUGCCAAUAUGUUCCAACGCCUACGCCAAGCACACCCUGACAGAGGACUCUCAUGGAAUUUCGACUCCAACUUUGGCCCGUCCAACGCGGAAGUGGUCGUUGUUUCUCUCACAAAAGGUCUCCGUGUUUAGGUCUUAUCAUAAACGGGCGACUUGUACAUCGAGUCCCGCUGGAUUGAAUGCUGUUGCUGACGACUUCCGCCCUGAUGGGAAGGAGUUCUUCCAGGGGUGUACGUUUGGAUGGAUGUAG